UCUUUCUCGCCUUGAAACAAAACAGUUUAGUUGACACACUAAAACACCUUAGUUAAAUUUAAUUUGAUCUAAAUUCAAUGUUUAAAUGUGACCGAGUAAAGUUGAAGACAUACGAUGAACAGUGUUAAAUAUCUAAUCAUUGAUUGACAAUGGUUUAAAUGAUUCACGUUAUAUGGAAUGAUUCACAAUGGUAACAUGCAAGUUGGACAGCGAGGUAUCGGGUGAGCUCUUGGGUUGGGAGUUGCCGACAUGGACAGCAUUGCUUCUGCAUCGAGUCUUGCCUGCUUGUGCAGGUCUAGUGGUCUACCUGACACUGAUUUGCUUCGAUACUGCUCUUGUUUGCGAACAUUUCCUGAGCAACGAUCGUGGUAUCGGGAUUUUCCUAAUUAUUUUAAUGGCGUUACCUGCCCUGUUAAGCUUGGUGUUUACAUUAGCGUCACCACCCCCAGGACUACAGACUGAAGACUCGGCUAUUUCUGUGGAGCUGGAGAAAAACGAUUUGAAAUGGAUAUUUAUGCAGAUUGGAAACUUUUUAUUCUUUCCGAUUGCUGCAAUUGGCAGGUACUGUCACCAAGUGUUCUGGUGGGUGGAAGCAGUGUGUGCAGCUCGAGAUGAAGACGAUGAGCGUACCAGAAACGCCAUACAAAUAGCCAAGGCCCCUUCUCCGAUGGAGCUCUACUUGUUCCUUCAGGCAUUCAUCCACUCUGCUCCACAUAUUAUUGUGAACGUUUUGGACACGAUGAAUCAUAAUUCUGAUCCUAAAUUCGAAAAAUUCUCCUUAGUGUGGGUGAGUGUAGUGAUGUCUUCGUUUCGGAUGGCUAGCACGGCUACUAUGUAUAGAAGAUUUGAACGUGAAAAAAUUUGUGGUCGCCAUUAUCCGUGGAAGACAUAUUCGGAAGAGCUUGAUAACUCUGCGAAUGAAAAAACUGAAUUAGUUAACAAAACUGAAGAACAAAAACAGGAAACGGAAGAGGAACCUAUUUACGAAACAUUAUCGCCACUUCAUCGAGCGUCUGUAACAUCACAAAGGUCGAACCACAGUAGAAGUAAGGCUGUGAGUGAUAUGAUUCAGUUUUCUCCACGCUCCGAUGUUACUGAACCGCUUUUCGAGGAUGAGGGAUGUUGCACCGAUUCGAGUUCUGAAUAUUUACCUCCAAAUCCUAUGAGCAAAGUACCGCGUAGAAGUUCGUCAUUAAAUAGCGACGACGAGUAUGUUAGACCGAUAUCGAUAAUAGACAGAGUUGCACCCCGCCGGAGAGACACACAGACCACACAGUACACUAUACAAGAAGUGUACGUACCUCCGCCCCCGACUAUGCCUGCUCCUAGGCCAGGCACUCUAUCGUUGUGGGCCGAGAAGAUAGUGGAGAAUGCGGAAUCUAUACCGACCUGGUUGUCAGCGCCUCCUCGACGGAGACACGUCGAGGUGAUUAAAGACGAGCCGGACGUACCACGCCAUGUGCCCGGCCCUCUCAUCAUGCGGGGCCUCGAACCUCAAGACGCGUCGGCCGCACUAGUACAUUUCCUGGGCUGGCACAUGUUCUUUAUCUCCCGAUUGCUCUCUAUCGCAGCUUUCAUAAACUUUUUUCCUUUUGCUGCGAUCAUAGUUCUUUUUUCGCAUUACCAAAUAAUUCUACUUCUCUUAAUAGUCCCUCAAGCUAGUACAAUAAAAAGGGGCUUUUACAUAUUUCUAGCAUUUAUAUAUUUAUUUUGUUUAAUGGAGUUUAAAAUCCGUUUCCGUCACGUGAGGGUGUGGCACGUGUUUUGGAUCAUAGUGUGUACUGUCGAGAUUGUGAUAUUCACAGGCUUGUGGGCCGGAAUAAACAAUAAAUUAAAUGAUUGGUGGCGUGAUUUCAUAGUGAAGAUAAUAUUCGGUAGCAUGCUGCUAAGUUUCAUGUGUUUUCUUGUGUAUUUUGUGUUACUGAAACCGAGAGAAACUAUUGUGUAUGUAAAAAAUAAGAGUAACGUUGAACCUUAGUAUAUCGUAAUAAACAAUUUUUCUAGAGUUCACUGACAUGUUGAAAUUCUCGAGAAACUCCACUCCUCUCAACCCACGGUGUAAACUACAGGAAAUUAAAGCCCACUCGACCGCCAGCCGGCCACAUCCGUCUCGAAGCGUCUACCUAGAACGCACACUGAAAAUAAACCUUCUUUUGAAUCAAUAAUUUAAGCCCGAUUUAUAAUACGAUUGUUUGAAUUACACGUCGACCUUCAAUUCGUUCUUUGAAUAUGACGAGGAACAACUCGACCAAAUGGUUAAUAAAAACAUUCCGUUCUCUCC